GUUACUCUACAGCUUCUUGACAUCCAACUUACUGGUCCUUCACCAUGUCCUCCAGCAGCAGCUAUCAGACCAUAGUCAGCAGCAAUAAGGCGAAAGCAACCCGUACUUCCAGUUAUGGAGGUUUCAGCAGUGCCUCGUUGUCAGGCAUAGGCUUUGGUGGAAGCUCUUCAACCCAAAGUUCCAGCCUAAGCCUUAACAAUAGUUUCGGUGGCAGUGACCUUCUACUGUCUGGAUGGGAAAAGCACACCAUGCAAAACCUCAACGACCGAUUGGCAGCCUACCUUAACAAGGUGCGGGCUUUGGAGACAGCCAACCACCAACUGGAAGUUCAAAUCAAGGAAUGGUAUGAAAAGAAUAUGCAUAGUCUCAAUGAACGCAAAGACUACAGCAAAUACAUGGUCAUCAUUGAGGAACUGCGGAAAAAGAUUAAUAUUGGCACCCCAGACAAUGCCAGAAUCUUGCUGCAGAUUGACAAUGCCAAACUGGCAGCUGAUGACUUCAGAAUGAAGUAUGAGAAUGAGUUGGCCCUGCGCCAGAGUGUAGAGUCCGAUGUCAAUGGCCUACGCCGGGUCCUAGAUGAACUCUCCCUGGCAAGGUCCGAUCUUGAGUUGCAGUUGGAGGGUCUGAAUGAAGAGUUGGCUUUCCUCAAGAAGAAUCACCAGGAGGAAAUGAACUCAAUUAAAGGGGGCUCUGGCCAAGUUACUGUUGAGAUGGAUGCAGCUCCGGCUGUUGACCUGACUGUACUUCUGAAUAAUAUGAGAGCCGAUUAUGAAGUUUUAGCAGAGAAGAACCGUAAGGAGGCUGAAGAGUGGUUCAUUAAGAAGAGUAUGGCACUGAAACAGGAGAUUCUUAUUGAGGCGCAAGAAGUCCAGUCGAGCCACAGUGAAGUUUCAGAACUGAAGCGCUCUCUGCAGACAUUGGAAAUAGAAUUGCAAUCUUUGUUGUCUAUGAAAAGCUCUCUUGAAGGAACCCUGUCCGAAACCGAAAGCCGUUACUGCGUAAGCUUAAGCCAAAUCCAGAUGCGCAUCGGCAGCCUUGAAGAACAGCUUCAACAGAUCAGAAUGGAUAUGUCAAGGCAGAAUGAAGAUUAUCUGCGGCUCCUUGAUGUCAAGACCAGACUGGAGAGAGAAAUUGAGACCUACAGGAUUUUACUUGAGGGAGAGCUUAAUGUAGUGAAAGUGGAGAAAGUGGAGCAGGUGGUGGAGGUUAAAAGAGAUCCAACCAAAACAAGAAAAGUCAAGACAAUUGUUGAAGAAGUCGUUGAUGGGAAAGUCGUUUCUUCCAGCGUUCAAGAAGUAGAAGAGAAACUCAAUUAAAUAUAACUGGUAGAACAUGAGGGAAGGCAAUGUAAAAAAUGAUGUAACACACCAUGUAAUAAAGGCUCUAAACCAUUCCAGCAGCAGAACUUGAAUACACAGUAAUCUACCUGCAUUACUGGAUUAAAUGAAGUUUUCAUAUCUGUUGGAAUUGCAAGUAUGUUCAAGACUAAACCAAAAAGAAUCAAUAUAAGGUGGAUUGGGUAUAAAAAGAAUAAGGUGUAAAACAUGUUUCCCUGUGUUUUUAAAAAAAUCAUUAAAGCAUUUUACGAGUCAGAUCUA